AUGAAUCCGAUAUAUUUUAAAAAUUUUUUAUUAUUAAAACAUAAAGUAAAAAACAAGACAAGGAAAACAGAAAAAAUUCGUAAAAAUAAAAACUAUAUAACACGAUCGGAGAAAAAUAGCUUAGGGAUUGGGAAAAUCCAUCGGAAUUCAUUUCGAUAUACAGAUUUAAUUCCAUUAAAUGAUUUAUGGAAAAAAUAUUUUCGAGAUUUUUUAGAAUUGGAUAGAUAUGAAAAGAAUAAAAUACCAACGCCAUUAGAUAAAAACUGGGAUUAUUUUAGUACAUUAUUAAUAAAGGCUGAUUAUCAUGGAGCUAUAUUUACUGUGAUACGUUCGACAUGUCCUAGUUUAGUAGGACAUACGGGAAUUUGUGUUAUGGAAACACAAAAUACUCUGUAUAUUGUCGAUCAAAAAAAUAUUACACGUAAUAUUCCAAAACAACCAACAGUUUUUCAAGUACAAAUUGAUGAAAUUAAAUUAAUAAUAUUUGGAAAAUAUAUGAAAAUAAGGCCAGCAGAACGUUCUACCAAGAAAAUUAAAAAUUAUAUUAAACCUGAUUUAUAAAUUAAUCAAGACCUAGUUUUAGCAUCUAGUUCUAAACUUUAUACCAGUUCUAGCUAGUUCUGAUAUAAAGUUUAGCAACGUCACAAAAAGUUUAUUUCAAGACAACCGAAUUUUUAUAUUUCUUUCCUUAUUGAAAUUACGUAGGGGUGAAAUAAGUCUGGCACCUGAGAGUGGUUGAAAAUUGCAGAUUUUAAAAUCAUUCUAAGCCCUCUUAGCAAUGUAAAUUUUAAUUGCCAAACAAUUAAAAAAUACCGCGCUUCUAAUAGCACGCCAGAUUAAUUAAUAAAAAAGAGUUUUCAAAUCAUUUUAGUAUGGCUGCAAUUUUAAUGUAAUUUAUUUUUAUAAUUCAAGAAUGUAUUUUUAGUUUGUCGCAACCGCUCUUAAAUGCAAGACAUACCACGUCUCUCGAAAUUUAACCCCCUUAAAAUAAACUCAAAAACGUUGCCAGAUCUCGUACCAUUCGAAUGUAACUUAUU